AAAAGAAGGGUCUCCUUCGUUUCGUCUUGUUUUCCGCUGGAGCUGGGAUACGCCGUACAGAGUCACUCUGUGAUUAGUUGCCACCGGCGGCGGAGACGGGCAGCGACCGUGCGCGUUACUGAGACGACGUCGUAGCCAUCGUCCGUUUCGCAAUACAAGAACCUAGAAAGUUCCCGGCGCUGAAUCGAAACAUGGAGCAGUCCCCUCCUCCUACUUCUCAGCAAACUCAAUCUUAUGCCGCGGCGUCGUCGUCAUCCGACGAAGAGAUAGACUACAGCGUGAAGCCAGAGUUCUACGACCCGAAGCUCGACGAGAGGGAUGAAGCUUGGGUCGGGAAACAGAGGCGAGGCAACCGCCGUUCCGACGCCGUUCUGAGCUGCCCUGCCUGUUUCACCACCGUCUCCCUCCAAUCCCAAAGGCACGAAAGGUACGUGACACAGUAUAGAGCCGUAGCUGUUAUGAACUGCAAUGUCGAGAGUCGAGGCGAUCAGAUGGCAGUGGAUGGAACAGAAGAAGGAGGAGGAAGAGGUAAGCCUGCCAGCAGAGUUGGAAGCGGCAGAAGAAGCAGCGAAGGAAGCAAUUCAAGUUCAGUGGACCGAGUUGGGUGCUCGGUUUGUGAUACACAGGUUGGGGUGAGGGACGAGGAGGAGGUGUACCACUUCUUCAACGUCAUCCCAAGUGAAACUUAGGGAAGACGACUACUCUGGGCUAAUUCGUUUGAACCAGAAAACAUCAUUCUGAACAAGUUUAGUUUGAGUUGCCCUCCAUGACUUCACUUGGCUCUGGAGGAAUGUUAGAUUCCCGCUGAUGAAUUACUGGUAUUGCUAAUCUGGAAACCAGCAACUGCUUCUGUGGUCAUUUUUAGAAAUGUGUUUUGAUCUUGAGCGUCUGAUUUUGCAUUUGAUUAGAUCAUUAUUUACGCAGAGGUAUGUGUAAAAGAAAUACGCAGGACGUGACUACAAUCUACAAACAGCAUUAUUGAGGGAGAUUUUAUUUUCCAGCGGGGGUGCUCUCAUUUUCAUCAAAUCGUUCCAAAAACAGGUGAGAGGUUGGAGGGGCCCGCCAUCCAGCUGUAUUGUAUAUAUUUGACAAUCUUCUUCUCUGUCUCUCUACAAUAUUAUAUCCUUUCUCUCCUCUCGCUAUCAAGCUCCUACUACUGCUGCUACGUCUAUUUGAUUGAUUUCUCUCUCUGCUAUAUUAUUUAUUUUUCCUGUCAUUCUAAUUUACGACAAUACCCCUUCUCGAGCAAUAUUUUUCAAACAUUUAUAUAUUUUGCUGU